AUGCCAGAGGUGUUGGCCAAGGGUCCAUCUGUCUCCAGAAAAACGUUCAAGAAGGCAGUCACGAAGACCGAGAAGAAGGAGGGGCGUAAGAGAAAGCGCAGCCGCAAGGAGAGCUAUUCCAUCUACAUCUACAAGGUGUUGAAGCAGGUGCACCCCGACACGGGCAUCUCGUCCAAGGCCAUGGGCAUCAUGAACUCGUUCGUCAACGACAUCUUCGAGCGCAUCGCGGGCGAGGCGUCGCGCCUGGCACACUACAACAAGCUCUCUACCAUCACUUCCUGGGAGAUCCAGACGGCCGGGCGCCUGCUGCUGCCCGGGGAGCUGGCCAAGCACGCCGUGUCCGAGGGCACCAAGGCCGUCACCAAGUACACCAGCUCCAAGUGAGCGCGCGCAGCGCCCUGAACCCAAAGGCUCUUUUCAGAGCCAUGCAUGGUGUCAAUAAAUGAGUUGUAAUUUAAGUGUUCGUGGAGUUUGAAACAAAGCUCUAUUAUCAGUACUUUUUUUGCUCUUUCCCGGGUGUCAGCGUUAUAAGCGUGCUCCCCCACCCCUCACUGCCGGCCUCCGCAUACUUUUUGAGUUAAAUGCAAACUCAGGCGUCCCUGGAAAUUAGUGUAUGCUCCAGAAAAUGGCUGUGGCUGCCGGAAACUGGCACUGUGCCAGGUGGAUGUUUUGGAUAAUUAACUGUCACAUUAUCAUGGGUGCUAAAAUCAACUAAAAACGUUUUAAGCUUGCAGCUCCCGGUUUCGGGUCUUAAGUGUCGAAGUUUCUUUUCUAGAACCUGAAUUGGGCUAAAGCGCCGAGGUUGCUCGCCCUGAGCACAAAUGAGAAUGAGCAGACAAGUUUUGCCUGAAGCUCUCUUCUCGUAUUUCAUUUGAAAACCUUUUCUUAACCUACUGAAAAGGGGUCGAAGACAACUGAGUUUCCGCCGAAAUGUGGGUUUUCCCGGGGAAAGGGGGUCGUUCUUUGCUUGUGAGCGGGUUUCAGGGUGAUGGAGUUGGUCACUGUGGGGGAGGUGGGUCUUAACGUCUAAAGGCUCUGGGACUUUCAGAUUCUCUGUUACUGUAUCUAAGACACUCCGUUCCUUGUCUGCAGAGCAUCCAGGGGUACUUUCUGCUGGGAGCUGGGCCCGGGAGCGCAUUCCUGUAAUCCCAGCCCUCUGGAGGCUGGAGUGGGAAGUGGGGGAAACCCAGGGUUGACAGGUGUGACUGCGUGGGAAGGAGGAUUGGAGCGAAAGUAAAUCUAGGGAAUAGAGGGAGGCUGGGAAGCGGCCCGCCUAAGAGAAAAGGUAAUAGUUCAGUUUCUCUAUCACGACGUGGAUCAGGUUGAGCUUGGAGUAAACUGCUGGGUGGAAAGUGGAGAGUGACCUGGAAGGUGAUGCUGGCGGAGGGAGGAAUAGCUUAGAAAUCUUCCUCUGCACACCCUCACUGAUGAACAAUGGUUCAUGCAUUAUUGUAGGAAUAGACUUCCCAAUGAGGGAAAUCUGAGAACAGUUGACGUCUGCCGUGUUCUGUUCUUUAUAUGCUUUCUUUUCCUUUC